CUUUCAACAAUAUCAGCACCAAUAGUUAAUACUGCAUUACUCUCUGAAACAUAUUCAACAUCAACACCAAUAAUCGAUUCUACAUUGCUUUCUGAAGCUUAUCCAACAUUAGAAAUGCAUUUAGAACAGUAUGAGGAGGAUUUUAAUAGUUUAAAUGAACAGCAAACACGGAAAGAAAUUCUACCGCUUCAAGAAAAAUAUAUACAUUCAAAUACUUCAAAUUCUCAAACUAUUCAAACAACACUUCCACAUUCUAUUCAACGUAGAAAUACUACAAGAAUUCGUAAUUUAAAACGUGGUACACAAAAGAAUGUAGAAAACAUCAAUUCGGUGAAUUUGCCUCAAAAACGUAAGCAUGUAGAUGAUACUCAAGAAACAUUAGAGGCAAUAUUUCUUGAGCAAGGCAUAACUUGGAAACCACGUGCAUUUACCAAUUUCUGCAUUAGCAAAGAUAUUCAUUUAGCUGAUGAUCCUGUAGUAAACGAUAGGCUAAUUUAUAGUUGGAUUGGUAGACGUAAAUAUAAAGCAAAGCGAGAAAAAGAAGAAUUAGAUAAACAAACAUAA